GAUAUAUAUAUAUAUACACACAUAGAAGUGUAGAUAUAUGUACACAACGUAUAUAGGUACACACACAACAACAACGGCCAACUCUCGCUUGGCUUGUUCGAGAGCGCGAGAGAGAGAGCGAGCGCGAGCUCCGACGGUAAAAGAGCUCCGAGUGUAUAUAAGUACCGCAGUGUCUCGUGCUUUUUUUUUCUCUUCUUCUGUUUCCUUCGCCACGGCAUAUAGAAAUAUCGUCAGUCUGUUGUAUCUAAACACACAGACUGGUUGAUACACACGAAUAUCCCAAUAAAGUGCUAGGAUUAAAAGCGACGUAUACACAAACGCGGCCAGCAAAACUGCACGUAUACGCGAGCAGACAGCAGUAGCGAACUGUGUUUGUGUGUAUGUGUGUGUCAAUGUGCGCUGCUGCUGCUGCUGCUGCUCCGAGUUGUCUGUUGUACAAAUAAGGGAGCUUUCCGCCAGUCCCUCGUUGGCUGGCUGGCACUGCUGCGCGGCUGCCUGUGCUGCUGCUGCUGCGUUAUAUAUAUAUUACAGAACGUUAUUAUUACAUUGUUAUUGUAUACGAGUCUUCGUCGACGGUCGUCGUCGUCGUCGUCGUCGUUCGCUAGCAGCAGCUGGUAAUAAUAUAUCAAAGUCCAAGAGUUCUCGCGGCUCGCUCGUUGGUAUUGAGUUAAAGUGUGUCGCGUGUUUUUAUCAUCUGAUAAGUGUGUGUGAGUGUGUGUGUGUGUCAGUCAGUCAGUCAAUAAGUGUGUGUGUGUGUGUAAUUCUUGACCCGCGCGCAGAGUGUGCACAAGCAAGAGAGAAACAAGUGUUCGCGAUAACGCCGCGUUACUACUAUAUACGAGGCAGAGAACCAAGAGCAGCGAGACAACGGAAUUUUCAUCGUCGUUGUUGUCGUCGACGCAGUCCACGGAGCAAAAAAUUGCAGUGAAAUCGACUGUAUCUGUGUGUGUUUGUGGGUGUGUGUCUCUCUCUCUCUCUGUGUUUGAUGCGUGCAACACGGAGCACCAUCGAAGAGGCGACGAGUAUAUUUAUUUAUAUAUACGCGUGUGAGUAGUAGUGGUGCUGCUACUGCUGUCACGUAUUACCACCAACACAGGCCCGCGUACACACACGUACAUAUACGACGCAGGGAUUCUCCGACAUAGCUCCGCGUACAUAAGUGAGAGACGACGAGGAGUAUAAAAACGCGUGUGCACGUCGCCUACGUAAAUUUAUAUAAAAAAAAAGGAGUCAGUGUGCGUGCAGUGUUUUGUAUACACACGUGAAAUUUUUGUCGUAAAAAUUGACCCUCGCGCGUGUGCGUAUGUUCGUGUGUGUGGGUGAGCAUCGCCCAUUGAGAGAGAAAUACACUCUGCUAUAUAUAUGUAGUACAUAUAUAUAGAAUCGAGAGACACGAGCUGCACUCGCUUGGCCCUUUGCACUGAAUGCAGCCUGCUGCUGCUGGCCUCCGUUUCUUCGUACACACACACAUACAAGCUGCGCGCGAUAUCAAGUGGAGGAUUAAUGAAUCGUAAUCGUCUGUACAGCGCUACGAGAGAAGGAUUAUAUAGAAAAGCAGUGAUUGAUCGACGCCAUUCGUUGUACAUAUUAUUAUAAAUACACGUCGACCGUCUGUAUAUUAAUUUAAAUGAAUUAAACAGGACUUAGGUUUAGAUAAAAAAAAAAAUAAAAGCGGAACCACGUCAAUUAUACAUCCGAUACAUACAGGCUAACACACAUAUCCGUGAGAAGGAGGGAACUCGUAUUAGUAUAUUGCAUAUUCUACUUCGAUCGAUGUAUUCGCUCGCCUGUGUGUGUAGUAAUAUCUACGUCCAUUAGAAGAAAGAAACAUUUACUACUGUAAGAUACAAGCUCGCAAGUGCUCUGUUCCUAAAUACUCGCACACACACAUACGCAAGAAGUGUGCACCAGUGCAGUUAUCAAUAUACGCCUAUAUAGCGUAGCAGAAGACGAAGCAGAAAAUAUAAAAAUAUAAAAAAAAAAAAAAGGAAGGAAAAAUGGUGCAGCAGUAUCAGUCACCCGUCCGGGUUUACAAAUAUCCAUUUGCCCUCGUCAUGAUGGCGUACGAGCGGCGAUUCCCCACGUGUCCGCAGAUACCGGUGUUCGUCGGCUGCGACGUCACCCUGGACGAGGAGAGCGAGGACGGCGCCAUCAGGACGACCGAGAGAAGAUGCAAAUUGAACGUCGACGCGCCGUACCUAUUGAAAAAGAUCAUCGGCGUCGACUUCGUGUACUUCAUUCAGAAGAACAUCUUGGAUCGACGCAACAAUGUACUGGAAAUCGAAGCUUACAACGAGAGCUUCGCGUCGAGGGUCACCGUUUUGGAAAAGUGCCGAUAUUUCAUUCAUCCGGAAAAUCCCGAAUGGACUUGCUUCGAGCAGACGGCAAGUUUGGAUAUUAAAAACUUCUUCGGCUUCGAGAACUCGAUGGAAAAGUUGGCCAUGAAGCAGUACGCCCAGAACAUUGCCAAGGGCAAAGAAAUCAUUGAAUAUUUCGUCAAUCAAUUGAAAGACGAAGGCAUCACGUACGUCGAACCGUGGAGGGAUCCAACGACAGACCCGAGCGCCGAAAAAGACAAAUCGUCUCCAAAAGAAGAAAAGAAAGAAUUAGCCAAACUCCACGAGCACAGCUCGAUCGAAGGAAAGCUCCCAAGUAAUAGAGAGAUGCAGCUGUCGUCGGACUACAUCGAGCGCUACCUGGGCAAGCUCGACAUGAUGCAGGAGAGCAAGCUGGUGCAGCUGCGCCACAGCAUCGAGGAGCUGCGGCCGAGCUCGGUGCCGUCGGACGCCACCCUGCUGCGCUUCCUGCGCGCCCGCGAGUUCUCCGUGGACAAGGCACGCGAGAUGCUGACGCAGUCGCUGCACUGGCGCAAGAAGCACCAGAUCGACAAGCUGCUCGAGGAGUACGAGGCGCCGCAGGUCGUCAAGGACUACUUCCCGGGCGGCUGGCACCACUUCGACCGGGAGGGCCGGCCGCUCUACGUGCUCCGGCUCGGCCAGAUGGACGUCAAGGGCCUGCUCAAGUCCAUCGGCGAGGACGAGCUGCUGCUGCUGGCGCUGCACAUCUGCGAGGAGGGCCUGUCGCUCAUGGACGAGGCGACCAACGUCUGGGGCCAUCCGGUCUCGCAGUGGACGCUGCUCAUCGACCUCGAGGGCCUGAACAUGCGCCACCUGUGGCGGCCCGGCAUCAAGGCGCUGCUGCGCAUCAUCGAGAUCGUCGAGGCCAAUUAUCCGGAGACGAUGGGCCGCGUCCUCAUACUGCGCGCGCCCCGCUGCUUCCCGAUCCUCUGGACGCUCAUCAGCACCUUCAUACAUGAAAACACCAGGAACAAGUUCGUUUUCUACUGCGGCACGGACUAUCAGGAGCAAGGAGCCGGCGGUCUCAGCGACAACAUCGAUCCCGAAUACAUACCCGAUUUUCUUGGCGGCACUUCGGAGACAUACGUCCUGGAAGGCGGUGUCGUGCCGAAAAAUCUCUACAAGGCCGACUUGGAGGGUACGAGCGCCGAGCACGAGCACAGCCUGUACCACUCGGUGAGUCUGAGCCGUGGCCAGACUCACAACGUCGCCAUACACUGCAACGAUCCGGGUGCAGUGCUCACCUGGGAUUUCGACGUCAUGCGCAAUCAGGUCUUGUUCGCCGUGCUGCACAAGGAGAAGUCGAAAGACUCGAACAACACCCUUGGUGAGUUUGCUUUUAUACAUCAUGCGAAAUUGGCCUGUUUCAUUAACGCUGGAAAUUAUGUCGCAGCCGCGCCAGGAGCCACGACCGUAUUGGAGCCCGACGUCGUUGGAAGCAAAGAGUGGAAGGAGGGCCUGGACGGAAUUGUCCGAGUCGAGCCGAGCGUCGUUUGCCACGAUGGCGAGAGUAUUCAGGGUACGCACAUCAUGCAAGAAGCAGGAAUAUACAUUCUGCAAUGGCAGAAUCCAGAGGAGCAAGGAGAAUUUCUACCCUCUAUCAGCUCUCACAAAGCUCAACUGAUGUAUUACUACGAGACGCUACCGUCGGCUCAUUACAAGGGUUCCAUGAUGAGCCUUCAAUCGGCGAUAAGUGGCCGAUCGGUGGCAAGCUCGUCGCUGUCCAGAUGAGAAGGAAACGCGAGUACGAGCAAAACAGAACCUGGCGACAAGACGUAAUGCGCUCCUACCAAUUGCCUCGUCCUCGAUCAUCGCGUCUUGACCAAGUAAAUUGUAUACGAUACAACUUUCCAGGUUAGCUCGGUACUUUUUAGCUUCGAAGAAAAAUUCGACUCUGCAAUCAUGGGAAAUUCUCCUAAUGAAAUAAUAACGACUUCGAGGCGAGAAAAAAUUACUCGACUCGCUGCUAGAUAAAGAAAAAUUACAAUCGUUGACAAAUCUGUUAGACUAAUUAUAUAAUUGUAAUGUUGUCGUUGCCUUAACAAUUAUUUUCGUAUGUAAGGAAUUAUUUCGGUUACGAGAUUAAUUCAUGUAUGACGUAAUCUAGGUAAAAGAAGAAAAGUGUAGUUAUGAUUUUCCAUUGCUUAUGAUGUAUAGAUUGGAAAUCUGUGUGUGAAGUUAAUUUUAGCUUGUCGAUUAUUUUUUACGGAAAAUCUAAUUUGUAUUCUGAAGAAUGUUAUUCUGUCUCGAAUUAUUUAUUGGUGAAUACAAAUAUAUAAUAAAAUACAUUCAUCGAUGAAGAUGAUAUGUAGUGAUCUGAAAUGGAUAAUAAUGUUUAAACAAAACUUUUUUGUUUUUAAUUUUAACAAUGCAAAAGCUUGCAUUAAUUGUACAUAAGUGACGAGUGUGUUUCGAUUUUUAGGUUAGAUAAUUUCAAACUUUUCUUACGUGAUUUGUGUUGUGAGGUUUGAUGAAAAUACCCAGAGAGACGUUUAUCUUUUGUAAAAUAUGUUCAUAUUAUACAUAAUGCAGCGACUAUACUGAUAGCUCGCUAAGUCAUUUAUUGUAAACGAUUGCAAUAAUAAAUAAAAAUAAUGAAUUUUAAAUAUAUCAAAUAUUAUCCGCAUAUCAUAUAAGGAUUUUGUUGCAAUUACAUGAAAUUUCUCCGUACAUAUAAUAUAAUCUUCUAUAAGUUCUAACACUGCAGUAAUUAAUUUGAUGAAAAUAACUUUUUUAUAGUAUAAGAAUUAUAUCUUUUAUGUUUUACAACAGAUACAGCACAUAUGUAUUAGUAGUAAUGGACUCAAUUUUUUAAAUUGUAUACAUUUUAUUAAUACUGAUUUCGUUUUUUUCAAUUGGCUUUAUAAAAUGAAAAUUGAUCAAAUGGAUCAUACAGACUUGAUAGCACACAUUAAGUGAAGUUGAAAAAAUACCACCUUGAAAUUUUUGUUCUAUUUAAAUAUUUUACACAUCUCUUAGAAAGUUAUUGUAUCUUUAAUUGCAAAAAAAUUUCAUUACGUUGAUAAUACUCAAUACAAGCGUAUAUUACCAAUCGAUAUUAUUCAUAAAUACUUGAAAAGAACAUUAUACAUUUCUCAUAGAAAUGUGGUUUUAUUACAUGUGUCAAUUUAUAAUAAGUACGAAAUUUUCAUUCGGAAAUAAAUUGUAGACCUACAAACAAGUGCAAUAAUAAUAUAAUUAUUAUAUUUUCAUUUACAUGAAAUCUACAAGUCUACAAGUGUUGUUUUUUCAAAAUUCUUUGAAAUUAUACGUAUUAUAGAAAAAAUAUGCACUUUAAAAUAGAGUGAUCAUUGCUAUCAGUUGCUAUCUCAUUUCGCUUAGAUUGGCAAAGCCUAAAGAUCGCUGACCUAGUAUUAUGAAAAAAUAUUUCACAUGCAAUGUUAAAAAUGAAUGCUAUUUGUCACAACUCAUUUUCAAUGAAGCAUUUGUCUUAUUCUGUAAGAGUUCAAUCAAGUUAAGUUUAUUUCAAGCUUUUCUAAAUAAAUAAUUCUUUUUACAAAGAA